UUAAAUGUCGUGCAUUAUGCAAAAAGCAAACGCAAAUCAAAACAACACGCCCGUGAAUGUGAAGAAAAGCCAUCAGCUGAUUUCGAAAUUCGAAAGACCUUGAUUGCUUAUAUCUUCUAUUCUGUAUAGGUCUAGCGUAGCUGAGAUCGGUUUCCAAGGCAUCAGCCAUGUCUCACUUCUACUCUGAGAUUGAGAAGCUGACCAAGUUGGACGGUCCCACGGGUGGACCCGACAUGAGAUGGCAGAGGAAAGCCAAGGAAGUCAGCAGCUGCGGGAAUGUCUCCAUGAACAAGAGCCUCAAUACCAGCUCCAUGUCGCCCAUGAAGAUGUCCAACAGAUCCUUCGGUGUUGCCAAAACGCCUUCCAAGACCCCAGGAGGAACCAUCAGAUCAAAAACACCAGGGAAAGGGAAAUCAAAGACCCCAACGAGGACCCCUGGCGGAGAUCGUUUCAUUCCCAACAGGAGUGCAACAAACUUUGACCUGGGUAACUUCAAGCUCCAGGACCAGUCAACCAAUAUUGGGGAGAACACAGACCCCGCCCUGAUGAUGAGCCCAUCCAAGCUGGAGUACCAGAAGGCAAUGGCCGAGAACCUAAACGGAGAUCUGAUGAAUUCAAAGAUCCUCUGCUAUAAGAACAAACCGCCCAAUGCUCCUGAAGGUUAUCAGAACAACUUGAAGGUGAUGUACUCUCACAACAAGACGCCUGGUUCUACCAAGAAGCCUAUCAGACACAUACCCCAGCAACCAGAACGUAUUCUAGAUGCCCCAGAUAUGCUGGAUGACUACUAUCUGAACCUUCUUGACUGGAGCUGUCACAACCAUCUUGCAGUAGCCUUAGCCAACAAUGUAUACCUUUGGAAUGCUGCCAGUGGGGACAUCAAGCAGCUCAUGCAGCUGGAAGGCCCUGAGGACUACGUCACCUCAGUCAGCUGGAUCACAGAAGGCAACUACUUGGCAGUUGGAACAAGCUCUGGAGAUGUACAGCUUUGGGAUGUAGAGAGUGGUAAGAGGCUACGAUGUAUGCAGGGACAUGCAGCUAGAGUUGGAUCCCUCUCAUGGAAUUCAUACAUUCUCAGCAGUGGUUCACGGAGCGGUAACAUCCAUCACCACGAUGUGCGUGUGGCUUCGUACCACGUUGGCACCCUAGCCGGCCACACCCAAGAGGUAUGCGGUCUCAAGUGGUCCCCCGAUGGGCGCUACCUGGCCAGCGGGGGUAACGACAACCUCCUCAACAUCUGGCCCACGUUCUCGGCCACGCCCUGCAACGUACCCAUCUAUACACUCAACCAACACCAGGCUGCAGUCAAGGCUCUUGCAUGGUGCCCAUGGCAACCCAGUGUAUUGGCCAGCGGAGGAGGGACGGCCGAUAGACACAUCAGGUUCUGGAACAGCAACACUGGAUCCUGUCUCAAUAGUGUGGACACCAAGUCACAGGUAUGCGCCCUCUUGUGGUCUAAGGAGCACAAGGAGUUGAUAUCUGCCCAUGGUUUCGCUCAGAACCAGCUGGUUAUCUGGAAGUACCCCACCAUGGUCAGAAUAGCAGAACUCUUAGGGCACACCUCACGCAUCCUCCACAUGGCUAUGAGCCCAGACGGCACAACGGUUGUCUCUGCCGCGGCCGAUGAAACGUUACGGCUCUGGAAGUGCUUCUCCGUCGACCCGAAGUCAAAGAAGGAGAAGAGCUCCAACUCGGUCAAGUUGCCUAGCAACAGCAUUAGCAGACGACAGAACAUUCGCUGAACUUCCAAUGAACAAAAAGAAUACCUGGACUUUUGAUAUUCUCUAAUUAAGAAGGACAUAUUCAGCUGAUAGUGGUGCUAUGAUAGUCAUUGAUGAUUUUGAUUCUCUUGUAUUUGGACUAUUUCUGAAUAAUCAGCGGCCAUGUCCUAUAAAGAGUUGCGAUUGAUGCAUAUAUUGAUCAUAAGUAUGAUCGCAAGUUUGAUUGUAAGUUUGAUUACAAGUUUGAUCGAAAGUCCUCCUAGCGAUCACAAACUUACAAUUUCUUAUCUCUUUAGUAGCGUACUGAGUUGAGCUUGAUAUCAGAUUACCAUUGAUUUGAAACAACUGCAGCUAUUUGUAAGAUGGGCCAAGAACUACAAGCAUUCCCAAGGUUUUUUAGUGGCAUUGAUGUGGAUAAGACAUGAGAGGAAGAAAGGUAAAUAGUGAAAGUGAGAGUAUAGAUUAAUGGAGAUGAAGAAGAAGAAGAAGGAGGAAGAGAGAGUGUUGUAGAGAGACAGAAGAAGGGAAUGUGUAUGAGAGACUACUACAGUUACCAGGGGGGUGUUUCAUAAAGCUGUUUGUAAAGUUACGCAUGACUUUACGAACGACUUGUAUAUGAAAAGCCAAAUGGGAUGCUCAAUCAUUAUUGAUUA